UGUUCGACUUGGAAUGAUCAACAUGCGUGUAAUCUGUGCGGUUAUUGCAGUGGCUCUGCUAGGAGUGGUUGGUGCCACUUCGCUAUCCAGGACCUAUUUGCCACCCCAGGUGCAGGUGAUUUCCGUCCCAAGGGUUCAGGUUCAACCGCAGAUAAUCCAACGGCAAGUGAUCCAGCCACAGAACACGUAUUUGCCACCCGCGCCCAGGGUGGUGCCUCAAGUGAUCCCCUCCUACCGUCCUGCUCCCCAAGUGGUGUCCAUCUCUCGUCCUGCCCCACAAGUGAUCUCCGUGCCUCGCAACACCUACCUGCCACCGGCCCCAGUGAUUUCCCACCCGGCUCCUCAAGUCGUCUCCAUUGCUCGUCCUGUGCCCCAAGUGAUCUCGGUAGCUGCCCCACGCAACACCUACCUGCCUCCACCAGUGAUCGCUCCUCGCAACACCUACCUGCCACCUCAAGUGGUCGCGCCCCGCAACACCUACCUGCCACCCCAGUAAGAUGCAUCAUCAUCACCUGCCGAAACAACACCUCUGAGCAACCACCAACUGAACAGGUUUCUGGUUUAACCCACGACGCCAACUUAAUUCUAAUGCUAAUUCCACAUCUCAGCAAAGAAAUGCAAAAAUAACCUAAUAGGUUUUUAUUUGCAUGUCUGACUCGAUCCCAUUUGCAUAUUACCGAAUUAGCGCAAAAAGACAAUAAA